UUACAGACACCACUGGUCCCUCCCCAACUCCAGGGCAGGAAACAUGCUACUGCGCUCUAUUCGCGCUUCGCUUCCCACCGUCGUCCGCCGCUUCUCGGCGGAGGCGACAGUGGCGGCGGCGGCGGCGGAGGUUCCCGAGGCCACCUCUGCAUCCGCCGCAGCGGCGUCGUCGGUGGACACGGCCGCGGGCACGACGGUUGCUCUGGCGGCGGAUAUUCCGAAGGGGGCCUCCGCAUCUGCCGCAGUGGACACGGCUGUGGAUCCGGUGGCGGAGGUUCCAGUGGAGGCCUCGGUGUCCACAGCCACGGACAAGGCGGCUGACAGUCCUGCGAGCACGAUUGCCUCAGCCUCCACGGCGGCGAAGGUGUCGGAGGGGGCGGUUACUCCCCAACGGGACGAGGGAGGACGCUCGGCGGCCGAAACCCAGCUCCGCCGCACCAUCUCAAUGCUUAGCAAAUCCAAGCGCUACAAACGCGCCCUCGAGUUAUGUAAACAGAUGACACUGCGGCAAGAUAUGAAGCUGUUCCCAAGAGACUAUACUGUCCAUUUAGAAUUGAUUGAUAAAGUUCACGGUCUAAGCGCGGUGGAGAAGUUCUUUGAGGAUCUACCUGCUGAGAAGAGAUGUCCAAGUACCUGCAAUGCUCUCCUCGGUCUCUAUGUCCAUAAGCUUGUGCCCCGCAAAGCUGAGGCCUUGAUGGCAAGAAUGUCAACUUGGGGUCUCUUGAAGAGCCCGGUUCCCUAUAACCACAUGAUAUCGCUGUAUACCUCCAAUGGACAACUGGAGAAGGUCCCUGGAGUGAUUGAGGAGUUGAAAAGGACCACUUCACCAGACACUACGACGUAUAAUCUGUGGUUGAAUGCGUGCAAGGAGCGAAAUGAUGUUGGAGCUGCUGAAAAGGUUUUCCGGGAGAUGGAGAGUUCACAAAUGCGUCCUAACUGGGUGACCUACAGUAUUCUCGCCAAACUUUAUAUAAAGAAUGCCGCUCUGGAAAAAGCAUCACUCGCGGUAAAGAAGAUGGAGAGAAGGAUUUCACUUGGAGAUAGGAGUGCGUACUCAUCCCUCCUUAGUUUACUCACAGACAUGGGAGCUAAAGACGGCGUUCAUCGGAUAUGGAAUAGGAUGAGAUCGGUCAUUCCAAAUUUGAAUGACAACGAAUACGCUUGCAUGAUAUCUUCGGUCGCGAAGUUUGGGGAAAUGAAAGAAGCUGAGAAGCUGUACACCGAAUGGGAGUGGGUUUCUAAAACUCGCUAUCCUUGCGUGGCAGACGUGCUUGUUGCUGCUCACGUAAACAGUGGCCCGAUGGAGAGAGCAGAGAACAUCUACAAACGAGUUGUAAAGAAUGGGGUCACUCCUCAUUACACGACUUGGAGGCAUCUGACAUGGGGUUAUCUGAAAGAGAAGCAGUUGGAUAAAGCUCUUUAUUAUCUGUACAUGGCUAUUGCCAGUGUAGAAAAAUGGGUUUUUGACCGAGAGUUAAUGGCAGAAGUAUUUAAGAACCUAGAGGAAAGCGGAAAUGUCGAAGGUGCAGAGGAACUUCUUGUUGUUAUUCGGAAUGCUGGCCAUGUGAAUACCGAGGUCUAUAAUUCGCUUCUACGCACUUAUGCCAAAGCCAGUCUAAGGCCACUCUUUGUUGCAGAGCGGAUGAAGAAAGAUAAUGUUCGGAUGGAUGAUGAGACGACUAAGCUUCUGAAUGAAGCUAGCAAAUCACACUGACCGCAUUGAAAGCUUUCCUGAGACAGUUUUAGGAUAAUUCUGGAACAAAUGGGGGAAAUGUCCUCGGUGUGAAGGUGGAUGAUUAAGGAUCUUGAUUAUCAUGGCAAUUUGGAUCGCUUUUGCCAUGUGAUCCAAUGUAUAUGCAACCAUCUCUUGGAAUUACAAGUCUAAUCAUCUGGCGUUUUGUUUGCAGAUUACGACUGAGUUACUCGGUCGUAGGCACAUAUCACAUGGGCGAGCGCAGUCAGUUCGAAGUUGUCUUUCUAUCGAGGUCCUCUCCAAUCUCUUGGAGCAUCCAUCCAUUGGGAGUAGUCCCGGUCACUGCUAGCCAUUUCUGUUUCUGCUUAUAUUGACGAAAGCAUCGGCGAGUUUUCUUCUUCUCUUUUCCUCCCUCUAUACCGUCCUCGAAGAAGACAAAGGAGAUGAGCUUCAAAUUUUCAUCAAAUGCCAAAUGAUUUGAAUAUGAACAGUGUAUAAGAUAUCGGCAGAUGGGCGAAUUUCGGUAGACACUAGACGAAAUAGCUCGAGUAGUUAGUAUUGACUACCAGACAUUGCGGACUAGUGUGGUCUUGCAUUGGUUCUUCUCAGGGUUCUCUGCCCCCACCUCUGUUUUCAAUAUGAUAACUGGGUAAAAUGCCUCUGAAAUCACAGUUAGAGACGAGGGCCUCAGUUUCCAAGGUUUCAUAUGCAGAUCUGCGUUUAAGCAGCCAUAUCGGCAUCAAACAAUCACCGAGAUCAUGAUUCGAUCAUAAAAUCCGGUCGAAGUUCAAAGACUGAAAAUUGAAAGUGGUCUCAUUUAAGGUCCGUUUGUUUGAAGAAACAUUUUUACCGGGAACUGAAAAUCACAAGUUAAGAUUGGAGGAAAA